ACACCUCAUCGAUAUAGCUUUAUUUCCCUUGCCCUUUUCCAGGGCACACCCCCUCCAGCUCUCCGCCGUCGGCCAUGGGUCAAGCCUGGGGUAAUCUCCAAGAUAGGCUCCAAGGGCGGCGGUGGAAGGAGCACCAGGUGAGGAAGAUCACCGACAAGGUGUUCGACCGCCUCACGGAGGACGCCCAGAAGCGCGACAAGGAGGCCCUCAGAUUCGAGGAGGUCUACAUCGCCGUCCUCUGCGUCUACAAUGACAUCAAUAAGUACUUGCCGGGGCCGCACCACGACCCCCCGUCCAAGGAGAAGCUCAGGGCCAUGAUGGAGGAGUACGACGUGAACCUGGACGGGCUCCUGGACCGCGAGGAGUUCGCGGAGUUCAUCCGGAAGCUGACCGCGGACUCGCUGUGCUCGAUCAGCGUGAAGCUGCUGAUCACGCUGGUGGCGGCGCCGGCGCUGGCGAUGGCGACCAAGCGGGCGACGGAGGGCGUCCCCGGCGUGGGCAAGGUGGUACGCAAGGUGCCCAACGCGCUCUACGCCUCCGCCAUCACCCUGGGCGUUGUGCUGUUGCAGAGAUCAACCGAGGGCGUCGAGUGACUCGCGCUGCUGAAACUGCAAUGUCGUCGGCUGUGUAGAUGGAGCAGCGUAUCUAGGAUAGGUGUUGGUUCUUUACGGCUUGUGCGGUGAAUUGAUCUGUGUAUCAAUUCGAUGUGAUUUAUCCUGGAUUUGGGACAAAUAGUUGUGGAUCCUUGUGAA